UUACUUCACGUAUUGGACCAUCUGGCAACUCUUAGGCACACACGUGCAACACCAGAGGAAUUUAGUUUCAGUUUUUAUUGUUAUUUUCUUAGUGAUUUAAUAAUUAUUAGAACUAAAUACAAUGACGAAUAUUUCGAAAACGGAACCCCAGGGAGGGGGAAAGCAUCAGUUGCACAACGUUCGCUUCUACACGAUAAAACCGCGUGGCAUUGUUAGUUUGGCCUACAGUAAAGUGAGCAAGUGCCUCGCUUUGAGUCGCGAAACCCCAAUACUAGAGAUGUGGAACUUGGAGCACACACCCUAUUUGGACCGCGUUAUCCACCUGUCACCCGAUUCUCCUGUGGAAUCCUUGGCUUGGGCUGGAAGUCGUCUGUUUUCAGUGGAUCUUACGGGCAAACUUAUUGAGUGGGAUUUGGCAAACUUAAAGCCACGCUAUGAGCACUCGCCCACUGGUAAUGCCCUCUGGAGUCUCGAUGUAAACCCCGCGGAAACGGAAAUCGCCGUGGGUUCCGAGGAGGGUCACAUCAACAUUCUAAGCAUCGAGAACGACGAAAUCACCUACAAAUCUCUUUUCAACAAACAGAAGGGCCGUGUUCUCUGCAUUAAGUUUGACAAAUCGGGAACAAAAUUAGUGACGGGCACAGAAGGAUGUGUUCGCAUUUGGAAUGUCCUUAAGGGAACAACUCUCCACACCAUGACUCUUUCCGCAAAGGAUGUGAUUGUUUGGUCCCUGCAGUUUCUAUCGGAUAAUACCAUUAUUGCUGGCGAUUCAGCUGGAUUUAUAACCGUUUGGAAUGCAGAGAAUGCCACGCAGAUCGAUAGCACACGAGUUCUGGAUAAAAACGUGUUUGCUUUGGCUGUCAACGAAAAGGAGGAUCGAUUGAUUUGCAGUGGAAUGGAGCCACCACUUAUCCGCAUUUUCAGCAAGACCCAGAUCAAGCGAGAGGAAUCCACCAGUGAAAGAUGGAUCAAGUUUCUGCAGCGCGAUGCCCACAAGUACUAUGUGAAAUCCCUGUUGGUUAUAGAUGAUCAUACUAUUUCUGGAGGAUUGGAUGGCAUACUGACCAUUACAUCUAGCGUGAGGACGCAUGCAAAUUUUUCGCAGCACGCUCCUUUCCUCAAAGGAUCCGUAGCUUCAUUAGCCACCAGUAAAAAGCUCUUGCUGCUACGUUAUCCCAACAGUCUACACCUGUGGCGCUUGGGUUCUGCUGUUCCACGUGAAGAGGAGAAGAGUAAACUCUGGGCACAGCCACUUGGGCACUCGGAGGAACUACUUUUAGAGCAACCUCCCCAGAAACUGCUUCAACUUAAUGUCAAAGAGCUAAACUUCAUUCAGGCUGCUGCCAUUUCACCAGAUGCAAACUGGAUUUGCUACUCCACAUUGAAGGAACUUCGUUUAAAUGUUUUGAGGAGUGAUCCCCUGAAGGUGGAACGUCUGGAGGAGGACCUGCCCGAGGAACUCAGACCAGCCAGCCACAUCAUCUUCACUGAACAAGGAAACCUGGUGCUUCUCGAUCCCCAAAACAAUCAUCUUAAUUGGUUUAACUUAAAGGAUGAUCAAGUUAUUUUCCAAAAAAGCAUCGAUUUGAGUGACCAUUGCAAGGGUGUCAUUAGCCAUUUAGUGGUUUCCUCAUGUGGCGGCUACAUUGUGGCGGCAACCUCUGAGAGAACUAUAUCGGUCUGGAGGCUUCAUGGCAAACAGUACAAGCACCUGCUUAAUUUACCAAGACAUCGAGCGGGAACGACCGCUUUAUCCAUGCACGAGGAUUUUCCGCGGGUGGUGGUGGCCUACGCCAAUGGUCAGCUGGUGGAAUACGAUCUGAUCGAUCGCAAAUUUACCUGUGAAACUGAUGAGUACCUGAUCCCGGACACCAAACUCCACUGCAUCAGUGGUAUUAGCUUGGAUCCAAGCAAUCCUGAUAUAUUUAUGGCUCACACCGAAAACAAUUUAUAUGUGUUGGAGAGGAAUCAGCAUCUGGAGUCAAAGGAACCUGUGAUUACUAGCAAGUCGAAGAAGUUAUCAAACGGAAAGCGAUCCUCACUUGCUCGUAACUCACAGGGUUUGAGUCUUAAGUCGCAGCUGCCGCGACAGCACCUGGUGCACGUGUCUCGGCUGAGCCCUAACGAACUUGUCAACGUCAGCAUUUCGACAAACAAUCUGUUGGCUCCGCUGCCGAAACCCUUCCAGCGGAAGAAGUUUGGUUGCGCGUAAACGGAGCGCCGGAGGAUGGCGAGUGGCGUGGAGGGUCUCCACUUAGGUUUACCCAGUAGUUUCCGCUUAGUUACCAAAUAAAAUCAAAAGUAGAAAACAA